AUGACUGAACUCUUCGAGAAUGCAGGUGCCGCAGUCUUGUGCGCAGGCCCUGAAAUGCCUCAUCAAGCUGUGGUGGAGUCGCUCAUUCAGUUUCGAGCAAACGCAGUUGCUGGGGAUGUCAGUCAGCUCCUCCAGCUAGCAAAUUAUCUGACAAUUCUUGGCAGCGAGCAGAAGAAAGAAAUUUCAAUCAAUAAGCUUAUUUACACAUCCGAGUCCAUGACUGUAUCGCAAAGGGAAUUUCUCAUUUCAGUUUUUGGAGAAAUCAGCAUUUGCUCAGUUAUUGGCAGCGCAGAGGCAGGGCCAUGGGGUAUCUCAAGCACAGCAUUGAUGGGCAUUUCUGAAGGGAACUAUACCGACUUCAUUAUCGAUAAACGUACUAUUUGCUUGGAGGUUAUUCCCUUUUCGGGUACGAGCAGGGAAGCACCAAAGCCUUCCUGUUCACUCACCUCGUGUGCAGAGCACGUCCCUUUAGGCCAGCCAGGUCUCCUGGUACAGACUUCCUUGCAGCGCCUACGCAAUCCUCUAAUUCGAUAUCUGUGUGGUGACGUGGGGUCUCUUCAUCCCAUGACCCCGGAAAUUCUCGCAAAGCUUCCCAGUCAGCACACCGAACAUUAUCAACUAGUUCGGAUUUAUGGUCGUGAUCAGCGCUCCAGCUUUACCUGGUAUGGCGAAUAUUUCAAUUUCAAGGCCGUUCAGUCCUUCAUGCGUAAUGAGCAAUGGAAUAUUGUUCAGUGGCAGAUCAUCCUACAGCAUGCAGAUCCCAAGGAGACGGGCAUAAUACUCGAAGUGCGAGUCCUACGCGGGCUGCAUGAAGCAGAGAGGCAUGCCAGUGAGGAGGUCCUUGCAGCAAAGAUGAGGAAAUUCUUUUGGGUUUUUGAUUUCAAUCGGGAAUUGUUUAGUUUGAGAUUUGUCUUAGAGUCAGGGGAAUUCUUACGGAGCAAGACUGGACGUAAGGUUAUGCAGUUUGUUGACUUGACAAAAUAG